AUGGAUUUCGACAUUGAAAUGGGCGACGCCACCCUGGGCACGCAUGAAGUUCCGAUAGAAGAAUUGCCACCUGCCGACGAUAUUUUGGGCAUCGACCAGCCAGACGAGCCCGGAGAAGUUGUGGAAGAUGAAUCUAUCAAAGUCGGGGCAGGAAGCCAAGCUGACAUCGAAUCCAAAACUCUGAUUCCGAACAAAAUUCAUAUUCGCGGCGUCGAUACUUUGCACACGGACGACAUAAAGGCAUACAUAAAGAACCAUUUUGGCCCAGUAGAUAAGGUGGAAUGGAUUGACGACACCUCCGCAAAUCUAGUGUUUGGCAACGAGCUCAUAGCCCGGGAUGCUAUAGCUGCGUUGAGCGUCAUCGAGGUAGCCGACCCAACCGCCUUGGCACCAGAAGAAACCCUCCCUGCGAAACCGGUCGAUGGAAAGCCAGAAAUUUCACUACAUAUUCGAGUUGCUCUUGGCAGCGACAAGAAGCAAGCUGGGGCUGCGUCACGGAGUCGAUACUACCUCUUACACCCAGAGCACGAUCCCGAAGAACGCCGACGCAGAUAUAAAGAAAAUCGACCAAAAUAUAGAGAUAGAGGAGACGUCUAUGGCAGAAAUGGUGGACGACAUAGACGUGACUCGGACGAUGAUGUAGAGACAUUUGAGGCUAGCAUGUAUGACGAUGCUCCCUCUUCGAACCAUUCUCGUCGUGACCUAGCCCCGGAAGGCUAUUCAGGAUCAUACUCCGAAGAGAACCGUGGAAAGGAGCUUUUCGCGAACAGGGUUUCAAGGCGUGAUCGGUCCGCUUCACCUCGACGCGACCACGAUGGGGAUGCCCGAAUGGACGAGUUGGAUAAAUCUUCGUACAGAAAUCGGACACAGGCGAGGUCCAUCAGGAGCCGAAUGGCCGCCGACAAUAGUAGCAAAGAGCUAUUCCCAAGCAAGGCGACUGGAAGAAGUGGCCAGCUUGACCGCCUUGAAGAUUCCAUUGGCUCAGCCCGACUAGAAGAUGACGAUCUACCAAAGGUCGUCGAGGUGCCUGGGCCGCAACGCAAUGGUGCCAUCAACAUCCGAGGUCUAGCAAACUCAAGCGAAGCUAACGGGGGUACCGAGUUCUCAAUUAAAGGAGCUGCUGCAGCGAAUGCUAGGGAAUUAUUCCCGGAUAAGUUGGGCGCCAGUAAUGCUGGCAAAGAGUUGGUAGACCCCGCCCGUUCUAAGCGAAGGCAAAAGGCGCAGGAUCUCUUUCUCUGA